AAAUUGGACGUGGACGAAUUAAAAUCUCGCUGCUUGGAUCAACUUGAAAUAAUUUCCAAGAAAAGAUUACUGAGAAUAAUUGAAGGGCAAGAAAUGAAUUCGUCUUCAUCUGAAAGUGGACACGACGCUGCAAAUGUUGUGUCUGCAAUGGAGGUUGUUCAAGAAAGUUCUGUUGUGGAAGCAAGUCAACCAGCACCAGAUACUCGUGAGGUAUGUAGGUAGACCGGCAACAUCAGUAUUACCAAAACCGUGAAUCCUUCCUCUCGCUCGAAAAAAUGCGCGAUGUUUUCGUGUCAAAACAUCCAGGAAUAUGUGACUGCAUUUCUAAUAUCAUGAAAUCGACAUCCUUGGAAAUGGCGAUGUCUGUUUGGUGCACAAAAAAUUGUAUUGACAUAGUUAAAAAUAGUUCACAUUUUAACAAAUAGGUGUAGGAAUGUAGUCGCCUUCCUAUUAAAUGAUUUUAAAAGAAAACAUGACAUGAGGGAGCAUCCAUGGUUUUGGUAGUACAGUAUGUGCCACCAAACUAACCAGCUGUCCCAGAAAGGCGGUGUGAGGACUUAAUUAUAUGUUGUAAAUUUAAGGAUGAAUCAGUGAACAUAAUGGAGGAGUUAAGUGUUGGACCGGAUCAGGAUGAAAUUGAUGCACUGAUUGAAGAGCCAGUGAAAAAUGCUGCACCAGAAGGUAUAUACAAUUGCAAGAUUAUUUUCUCAUGUUUCUUAUAAUCCAUUUUCUAUGAAGGUCGUGCGCGGCCAAGAGGCUCUGGGAACGAGGAUGCCUGGGAAGGAGUCUGCAACUUCUGCACUCCUUUGAAGGUCCACCUUUGAUUUUUCAGAUGUUAUUUCGCGUCAAGACAAUCCUGGUAAAGCAGUGGACAGUCCAGAAGAUAAGAGUGCAGCGGACACAGAGUCGCAGUUACUGGAACUAGAGUUCAGAGCAAGGGCGUUGAAAUCUCUGAUGCAAGCACGGCAAAGGCAUGAUACGUAG